UAAACAGACGCUGCCGAACCCCUUUAACUUGCAGUCGGUGGCAAGGCAGACGCUGUACCUUUUGAUGAACAGCGUCCAACGAGACGCCAGCCGGGCUGGAUCGUUCAAGGGUCCCCCGUCAAAGGUAUUAACGGGUCUCCACAAUAAUCAUUGCACCUCUGUACCUUGGCCACCAACCGAUGCUCGUUCCAUCCCGACCUCAUACACUCUUUUCCACCCGCGCGAAAAUCCUGACUGCGCAAUGGCGGUCUUGAACCUGCAGCGCCUUCUGGCUGGCCUGCAGCUCAUCACAGUGGUAACAUCUGCGGCAGUUGAACUUGGUUAUCGCGCUGUCGCCACCGACUUGGAGCGCCUCGUCAUGUACUCCACCGUGGGCGUGUCUGUGCGCCAGCGAUGGAGUGAGUUCGACGCGCCCGUGCCGGUUGUUGUCGUCAACGCCACGUGCGAAAACGACAUCAAAGCGGUGGUCAAGUACUGCAGCAAGAACAAGUUCCCCUUGCUCCCUCAGAGCGGCGGCAAUGGCUGGGCUUCGCUCAACUUCAAGACCCCUGGCGUCAUCCUCAACCUCGCGGGCCUGAAUCAGGUCGUCGUCAGUGCAGACAAGCAGACUGCCCGCGUCGGCGGCGGCGCCAUCAUAUCCGAUGUGGUCGCCGCUGCUGAUGCGGCCGGGGUGCUCGUCCAGACUGGCAAUUGUAAUUGCGUCGGCGCACUCGGCGCCGGCCUCGGUGGCGGCUAUGGCAACCUUAUCGGCGAGCUGGGCAUGGCCGUCGACAACAUGCUGUCCCUCCGGGUGAUCACCGCCGCCGGGGAGGCGAUCAAUGUCAGCCCGUCUUCUAACCCGGAUCUUUGGUGGGCUAUGCGCGGCGCUGGCCCCAACUUCGGCAUCGUCACCCACGCCACCUACAAGGCCGUCCCCACCGCCAACCGCAACGCCUGGCUCAUGACUCUGACAUUUGAUGGUUCCAGGGUCGCCGAGAUUGCGCAGGCCGUGGAAGACCUACCCCUCCUGCCCAAGCAGGUCGUCUUCUUCAUUCUCUCCAACUCGGCCAUCAUGGUCACUGGCUUCCUCCGCGGUGGCAGCGAGGAGGCUGGCCGCAAGGCGUUUGCACCCCUCUAUGCCCUUUCCCCGCUCACCCAGAGCUCCCACGUCGCCCCGUACACCGCCUGGAACGCCCCCAACGACUUCUUCUGUGCCCGUGGCGACCGGAAGCCCGCCUUCACCACUGCCCUCCCCAACAUGAAGGCCUUGUCCUGGCCCGCCGUCUGGGACUUGUACGACAGCUUCCAGAAGCUGCCCGGUGCCCAGAACUCGGCUGUCCUUGUUGAGCGUUACAACCUUACCAAGGCUCAGUCCGUUGGUCGCACUGCUACCGCCGUUCAUGAUGAGCUGCGCUUUAACUCCUUCGGUCAGGCCGUUGUCAUUCCUUGGUACAAGGACGCAGCCCUCGAUGGCCAAGCCCUUGACUUUGCUUCCAAAGUGCGUGAUAUUUGGGGCAGUCCCGCCGGCGGCAAACACAACCCUGCUUACAUCAACUUUGCUCAUGGUGAUGAAGACCUGGCCGCCAUCUAUGGCUCCAGCCUACCCCGCCUCCAGGAGCUGAAGAAGCGUUGUGAUCCUAACAAUGUGUUUGGACAAUGGUUCAGCCUUGCAUGA